UGCUUAUGUUGGAUACUGGACUGCUCAGGGCUCUCUUGAAGAAUCACCCGUUACACCUGGCAGGAUCUGCCUGUACCCAGAGGCUCUGUCUCUGGAGUAUGAGCUGCUGACAUGGAGAGUUCGGGCCCAGUGAGCACAGCACACAAGAAGGAGACCAAAACGUCUGCGCUGGAUGGGAACGUUUUCUCGGAGGUUGGGAAGAAGGCGGCCGUGCACACCACUUCGGCAGGAGGUCCGGCUCAUCUCUUCCCAGCAUUCCACAGUCCUUUCCCUAUUGACAUCCGGCACCAAGAGGGCCGAUAUCACUACGACGGGCACGGAAUCCACGCCAUUCACGGCCCCCCAGGACUGAGCGGAAGCCCCGUCAUCUCUGACAUCUCCCUCAUCCGCCUGUCACCGCACCCGGUGAGCGCCACGGAUUUCGGCCACGCCCACCAUUAUGUGAACCCCCACAGGGAGCAUUACCUGCGGUCCAUCCACGGGAGCCCCACCCUCCCCAUGAUCUCAGCCGCCAGGGGACUCAGCCCCGCCGAAGUUGCCCACGAGCACUUGAAAGAAAGGGGCAUCUUCGGUAUUGCGCCACCUCCACCCGGCGUCAACCCCGCCGAUUACUAUCAUCAGAUGACCCUCCUAGCCAGUCACCCCAGUCCCUACGGAGAGCUGCUGCUGCAAGGUGGAGCCGUGGGCGCUGGCGGCCAUCUUCACGAUUACCUGGCGCCUAUGGACGUGUCGCGGUUCUCCAGCCCGCGGCUGACGCCGAGACUGAGCCGCAAGCGGGCGCUCUCCAUCUCCCCGUUGUCGGACGCCAGCAUUGACCUGCAGACUAUGAUCCGCACCUCGCCCAACUCGCUGGUGGCGUACAUCAAUAAUUCCAGGAGCAGCUCGGCAGCGAGCGGGUCCUAUGGGCACCUUUCGGCCGGGGCCAUCAGCCCCGCGUUCACCUUCCCCCACCCCAUCAACCCCAUGGCGUACCAGCAACUGCUCAGCCAGCAGCGAAGUCUCAGCUCCACCUUCGGACACACGCCGCUCAUCCAUCCAUCGCCCACGUUUACGUCACGUCAGCCCGGAUCCCUUCCCACCACCAUCCAGGCUCCGGCUCCGGCCAGCAAUGGCGGCUCUGCACACAGCGCCAGCCAGGUAAGAGAACGCCGAGCUUUUGACAUUUCUGUNAAUCAAGUCAUCCACAAACGCAGCAAAGUGAAGACGGAGGAUGAGGGACUCAUCAGAGACUCCCCCAGCCCCCCGGACCACCUGACGGAUCUGAAAGAAGAGCUGGACAGAGAGGAGUGUAAGCAGGAAGCGGAGGUCAUCUACGAGACGAACUGUCACUGGGACAGCUGCAGCAAGGAGGGAAACUAUUGUGAAUCUUCCUUAAAAAUACGUCAUUUCGAUGACUUUUACUCCAGCGCAUCCUUGCUGUUCCAUAUUCCAACACACAUCAAUAAUGAGCACAUCCACGGGGAGAAGAAGGAGUUUGUGUGUCGCUGGCAGGACUGCACCCGGGAACAGAAACCGUUUAAAGCGCAGUACAUGCUGGUGGUUCACAUGAGGCGCCACACUGGGGAAAAGCCGCAUAAAUGCACAUUUGAAGGCUGCUUCAAGGCUUAUUCCAGGCUGGAGAACCUCAAAACACAUUUGCGCUCCCACACAGGCGAGAAACCUUACGUGUGUGAACACGAGGGCUGCAACAAGGCCUUCUCCAACGCCUCCGACCGCGCGAAGCACCAGAACAGGACGCACUCCAAUGAGAAACCAUAUAUUUGUAAGAUUCCCGGAUGCACAAAGCGGUACACAGACCCCAGCUCCCUGAGGAAGCAUGUGAAGACCGUCCAUGGGCCCGAGGCCCACGUUACAAAAAAACAGCGCAACGACUACCUCCCAAAACCACGGGAGAACGGGGACAGCGAGGGCAGUAACAGGCUGCCCACGGAGCACACGGAGACAAACAAUGCCCCCAGGGGCCGGGAGGUCUCCUUCCAGACCAGGACCAUCAAGACUGAGGACAGCAUGAUGCAGCCCAGCCCUGGUGGUCAGUCGUCAUGCAGUAGUGAACCAUCUCCACUUGGCAAUGCCAACACUGACAGCGGAGUAGAGUUGAGCCUGCACGGAGAGGGGGGCCUGGAAGACCUCUUUGGCUUGGAGGACAGCGGCCCAGUGGUGGAUUCCACAGUCACAUCUGGUAUAUCGAUGGUCAGUUUGCAGCUUAGGAAACAAGGCGGCACCACGGUGCAGCGGCUGGAGCAGCUCAAGAAAGAGAAACUGAAGACGCUGAAGGAAUCGUGUGCAUUCAUAAACCCAACUCCACUUGCCAGGAACACCAAAUUUCCAGUCAUCUCUGGAAAUGGCUCUUUGUUCGAUAGCAGUGGUGUCCCAAGCGGUGUGAUGACCAACCCAAGAAUUUCAGACUUGACCCUUAAUGAUAUCACCAUGCUCAACCAGCUCAAUGAGAGGCGGGAUAGCGCAACAAGCACCAUAAGUUCUGCAUACACCAGCCGCCGCUCCUCAGGGAUCUCCCCAAAUUUCUCCAGCCGCCGGUCCAGCGAGGCAUCGCAGUUUGGAGGACGACAACACAACGGCAGCUCUGCGGACUCCUAUGAUCCCAUAUCUACAGAUGCAUCUAGAAGGUCUAGCGAUGCUAGCCAAUACAAUGGCUUGCCGACUCUUUUAAGCCUCACUCCUGCUCAGCAAUAUCGUUUAAAGGCUAAAUAUGCUGCGGCAACAGGUGGCCCUCCACCUACACCUCUCCCCAACAUGGAGAAAAUGAGCUUGAGAAACAAGAUGUCACUUCUGGAUGGGGCAGAAUUUUCCCUGCCAUCCUUCAGACAACACCCAGGCCCAAGACGAUACAGCGACGGUAUUGGUAACGGUCCGAUGCCGAUGUAUCCACAUGAGGUUCACGGGAACAACUCAAGAAGGGCCAGUGACCCAGUGAGGACCACUACAGGACUUGACACCCAGCAUCUGCCGAGGGUUCAACGUUUUCACAGCAUGAACAGUAUGAGCACACUGCAUCCUCCGCCAAUGAUGGACAGAAGAAAUGGCGCAGUUCCGCAGUAUACGCGCUCAGACGGAAGCCUUCACAGACACGUCUAUUCACCAAGGCCUCCCAGCAUUAGUGAGAAUGUCAUAAUGGAAGCUAUCUCGGCGGACAUAGACGUUCCAGGAGGCGAGGUUCUGGUUGAUGAUCUGGUUCUGCCAGAUGAUGUCGUACAGUACAUUAAAUCUCAAAACAGUACCCUUUCUUCCGAUUUCAAUAGCCAACCUCCAAAUUUCCAAAACAGUAUAAAGAAUUAUAGCCAGGCAACGCAGGCACAGUGUAGGAUAUCUGCAGCAAACGCAAGUACAAACUAUCCAGUAGUCGGGGAUACUCAGGGCUGUCCUAACAUGCAGAAAAAUAGUAUGCCAGUACAAUGGAAUGAAGUCAGCUCGGGUACUGUAGAUGUUGCGACCCAUAUGCCAAAACAGCCGCUUACGCAGGGGAACUUGGCAGUCGUAACACAGAAACAGAACUUUGGACAGUACCAGAGCUUCAGCCAGCAGCCGUUCCAGGCAAGACAAAGUAACCUGGCACAACAAGAACUGAUACAGAGGAAUGGCAGUGUUAAUGGUCAAAGAUUUAACUACAUACAGCAAAGGCAACAACAGAUGAACUCAUGCCAAAACACCAACUCUGAUUUCAACCAACCACUGAGUUAUAACCAGUCUCAGCACAUGUUGAGUACAAGGACUGUUAAUGAAGGUCAGUACCAACUCCCACCAUCCUGCAGUAACACUCUAAAUAAACCUGGGCUUCAUAUGCACUCUCCGCAGAGCACAAACUCCAUGAGUAACCAACACAUGGCACCGAACGGCAACCGUGAGGUGCCGCAUGGUGCAAACACUCAUCCAAACGCUCAAAAUUAUUCAAAUAACUUUCAUGUAAAUCAAGAGAACCUUCACAGAACAAAUUCCUACCCCAACCAGCCCCAACAGAAUAUGUUUCCCUCUCAGCACAGCAAUAUGGGCAUGCCUACACAACCAUUAAACAAUGCCAUGCUUCAGCCAAGACCUCCUCCUCAUCCUCCUAACAGGCCGAGGAGCAUACACUCGGGGCAUCAGCCAACUUACAUGAGGAGCCCACAGUCAGCGAGUGAGCAGAACCCAUGCCAACAAACAGCAGAGGCAACCCCAAAAAGAACCAAUGAGGAAGCUGAAUCUAAUGCUUGUAUGAAUAACAAAGACAAUGGUUUACUGUUUUACUCUGGGCAAAUACAAAUGUUUGAGCAAAAUGCCAAUUUCAGCACAGGUAUGGACUCUACAAUGAGGCAGGUCUCCACCAUGCCAUCUCCAGGUGUCAACCAAGUAACCAGCACUGUGGACUCACAAGGUCUAGAGCCUCCACCUUCCAUAGAUUUUGAUGCCAUCAUGGAUGAUGGGGAUCACUCCAGCCUCUUGUCAGGAACUCUGAGUCCGGGACUUAUCCAGAGCCUCUCUCAAAACUCAUCUCGCCUCACAACUCCCAGGAACUCGUUGACCUUCCCCUCCAUCCCCGCCGGGAUGAGCAAUAUGGCAAUUGGAGAUAUGAGCUCCAUGCUAUCCACAUUGGCCGAAGAGAGCAAAUUUCUGAACCUUAUGUCAUAACUUGAAGCACAAGUUGAGAAGACGGUGCACAGUGGAUUCUGUGGAUCCACCUAGGGAUAGACUUGCAGUUUUUUUUUUUUAUAAUAAGGACAACUUGCACUGCAGGACCAGAUAACUUGCCAUGCAAGUAGAAGGGACGGUAGCUGCGGUUCAAGCUCUGAACUGCUGACUCCAAGAAAAAGAAAAUAAACACAACACUAAAUGUAAUAAUUACAAAUAUGGAAACAAUCUUUCAGACUUUCUCAUGAAUUCAUUAAUUUAUAUUGCAUCUUUCUAGGUCAGCAUCGGCUUCCUCCAUAGUCCACAUCCUUGCAGAAUUCCCGGAGGAUGUGGCUUUUAAAUCCCCGAUAUAAACUUUUGAAAGAAAAGUUUCGCAAUUUUUAGUGGAGGAGCCGGGCGAACUUUUACAAUGCAGAAUAUUGCUCAGGCAUAGUCUUAUUUUCACUGCUGUAUCAAGCAAUAAGGAGUCCUAACUUCUGAGGAG